GGAGGAGAACCUGUGCUUCUCUCUAGUGGCUUCCUCCGCGGUGUCCGGGGGGCGGCGGCCCUCAGUGCCCCCCGCGGCUAGUUUUUCUCUCCACUCUCCAGACUAAUGUGGAGAUGUGUGAUGAUGACGGGAGUGGAGGGCGCACCGCCCCCCGCCGCCGCCUCCUGCAGGGGUGAGAGUGAGGCGGUGCCAGCAUCAAGGGUAUCUUGAGUGCGCAGACUCGCGUGUGCGGGCCGGGCGGGGAGGCAGGCCAGUCUCCAGCUGAUCAUGGUCGUGUCUCAGGACUCUGUCGACGCCGCCUCCAAAUUCGCCUCCAAACUCGCCCGAUUUGAGCUUCUCAGCAAGCGCAACCUGCCCUUCCGCCAUCCGGACUUCUCUGAUGACCAGAUCCGCCAGCUGACUGACAUCGCUAGGUCCUACAGAUCCACCAGCUCCGUGGCGUCCAAACGCUCCAGCUCCCGGCCCCACUCGGGAUGCUCCUCUCCCAUCCUCUCUCCCACCAUCCAGAGGCUGCGAGCGGACGGGUUCCCGGCGCUGGCCCGGUGCGGGUCGGACCCGCUGCUGCACGCGGCGCCGCCCCAGCACGCCAUGAACACGGGCUCCCUGCCCGCGGACAUGAUGCCCACCACCACCUCGCCCUCGCCCACCCCCACCACCCACCACAGGCACCGCAGGGAACACAGACAUCCCGACGCCGCUGCCAAAGAUCCUGGCGGCGGCGGAGCUCCAUGUCAGGUGGCGGGCGGCGGCGGGGCUCCAUGCCAGGUGGCGGGUGGCGGCGGCGGGGGCAAGACGAGCGACAGGGAGCUGCUGGCACUCCUGAUGAACCGCUUGGUGGCCAUGGAGACGCAGCUCUCCCACGCCCGCCAGGCGCUCAAGCAGAGGGACUUCCACAUUGCUGUUCUUGAGGAGAAACUCAGGUUGUACAUGAAGGCAGAGGAGGACGCGGUGGGCAGCAAGAUGGGCUUCCUGGAGACGCUGAAGGACACCCGCAUGACCACGCUGGAGGAGAAGUGCCUCAAGCUGGAGAGGCAGGUCAUGGAGAUGGAGCGCUUCCUGGGAGAGUACGGAAUGGUGUGGUGUGAAGCCGAGGAGACCUACCUCCUGGACAACCCCGUCAACGCCUCCUGCAGCUACUCGUCGUCCGAGGCCACCUCGCCCACCCAGACGCCGUCCCACACCCCUAGAAAUCACCCGCGCGUCAAGAUCAAACGCCACAGGAGGAACCACAAGAACCGAGAGGUGCGGCGCGUGGUGGCGGAGUCCACCUCCAGGAGCAUCUCGUCUGAGGCUGAACCGUUCAGCUUGGACUACGAGAAGCUGCUGGCAGCCAUCACUGAGCUCAACAUUAUGGCCCAGGGCGACGCUGCUGCAGAGGCUGGAGAAAGUCUUCAGCUAACAUUGUACAAGAACGGCAUUGUGGCUGAUGAUGGAGGCUUUCGCAGCUUUGAGGCGGUCAAGACUCGCCAGUUCUUGCAAGACAUUCUCGAUGGCUUCUUUCCCAGUGAACUCCAGGACGUCUACCCUCAAGGUAUCCCCAUUAAGGUUCGUGACAAGCGACAAGUAAUAUUUCUGCCCAACUCUUCUCGACGCAAGGGAGCGAUUCGUCCCCCAGUGCCUCCCAAGCCAAGAAUCCCCACCAUUGACUCAAUACCAACGGCAUCCUCUCUGACCUCUGUUACUUCUAUGUUGUUCAGCAGCGUGUCGGAGGCGGAAGCACGACCAGUGGAUCAACCUAUCUCAGCAGAGACUAGCGACAGUGCACCUCCUACCGCGCCUGUGCCGGAGACUGUGGGAGAUACUUCGCGCCUCUGCCCGGAGAUGGACUAUCGCAGCGAGUCAAGCGAUGUUAGCAGUCGUCGCAACUCCCUACAACGGGGUAGUGACAAGUCUGAGGGUGAGGGCAUCGGGAGAGGAGAGGGCGGGCGCAGGGAGAGUGAACUAUGGCGACUUGCAGAAGUUCCUCCUGUGCCUGCUGUAACUGCCGUGAGGCGCGACAGUCGCAGAGAAAGUGAGUCUCGCCGUGGCUCUGACCACCGGACGCACCAGUGUCGUCGGGGUUCAGAGUGCCGCCGUAGCAGCGAAUUAGUCAGAACGACGCUUGACCUCGACCUCGGCCGUCGAGCUACCUCCAAACACCCUCUUGAAUGGAACCGCAUCAACCGAACCGCUUUUCUCCUCAACGAUGACACUUUUGACUCCAAUGGCAAUCAUAUGCGGCGCGGCAGUGUAGGCGUGAUGGGUACUGACCCGUAUGACAUGGACAGCCUCAGGAAGAGACGUACAUCGGUGGAAGACUUCCUGGCCAAGGUUCCCACCUGUGUCGUUAAGAAUGGCAAGCUCGUCAACUUGAGGGAAGAAGUGGCCGACAUGCUCAUGGGACCGUCUCGCAAGAAUUCUCUGACGCUAGUCCACACACCAGCACUAGAUGAGGUUGGGGAGAGUCAGGAGAGCAAUGACCAGGACACACUAGUCGACAACCAGGGUAAUGACAGUGACCUCCUCCGGCCUCCCCCGGCCUCCACAACCACCAGCCACCACGACCACACACACUCCAGGACCACUCUCAGAAUCAAAGUGGAGAACGGGACAGAGACGUACCUUAUCAAGCUGAAGGCCUCCGACACCCUCAGUACUCUACGCUCCUACCUCAGGUCCUACCGGGGAGACCACGAGGAAUUCGACAUCGUUAAAACUUACCCCUACAAAGUGUUAGAUCAAGGUGAAGCAACAAUGGCCGAGCUGGGACUCACCCCAAAUGCCGCUCUGCACCUCAAACCUGCCGCCAGACCUCACCCUCCCGAGUCUCUCUCCCUGCAGAGCAGCGGGGCUGCAGUAGUAAUCACUUCCACCACUUCGGCUCUGGCCGUCACUCACACCACUAAUAUGAGUGCCGCCGCCUCCACAGGGAUCCAGACCGUGUCGUCAGCAGCCUCGCCUCUGAUCCAGGUGCCCCGGCGUGUGCACUCACCCGCCCUGCCACAGAUCCCCCCUAACAUGCACCCGGACCUUCCUCCGACCCCUGUACCCAUUCUCUGCUUCCCCGACUCCCAGGAGACUGCCUCUGAUAUGGAGUCGUAACAUUGCCAAAAAUAACCACAUUUUGGGUGACGGGAAAUGUUUUGUUUAGUGCAGUGCAGUAAACAUGAAUGUUUGCUGAUGUUAGGAAUAUGUUGGAUGUUCUCAGCGUUGAUCGCUGUACAAAAAGAGAAUAUCAAAAGCUAGUGCAUAUUAUUCCUUUUGUACUGAUUAUUUUUAGCUCUCGACUACAUUAACAAUAUAUAUAUAUAUAUAUAUAUAUAUAUAUAUAUAUAUAUAUAUAUAUAU